AUGUACUUUCAAAGAGGGUCUCAGUGUAAUUGUCCUAAAUAGAAGGAGAGUGUGAAGGCGGAGCUUGCUAGUGAACCCGCGCCACCCAGAAGUUUCACUGAGAGUUUCCUAAACUAGCUCUCAGUAGCAUUUGUACGACCCUGGGGAGGUGGCACGGGGAGGGUGAUCUCCCAUUCAAUAGAAUGCAAAUGUCCCUUUAAGGUUUGCCUCUCUCUCUCCGUGGACUUUAGCCUAAACACGGAGUGAAGCUUGCUUUAUUUGUACAUGAGCACAGAUUUUGGGAAUCAGCCAGUUGCAAUUUGAAAGACCAAGAACGAAAAGGGAGGGGCGAUGUGGCAAUUCAUCUUGGAUGUGAAAAGCGUGGAGAGGACUUAGAAGCAUUUGUCGAAAACACAGGAAAUUACCCCCUCGGCGGCUGCUGCUGCUGCUGCGCUGCCACUGCCACUGCCACUGCUGCUGCCGCCACAGCUGUUUGAAGAACUGGCGAAGUGUCUCAGAAGCAGCGCUCGGGCCGGUUUGUUCAGGGCAGCUUGAAGCGUGUCCCAGCUGAGACAGGGAGCCCUAGAGAGCCUGCCCUACCUCUCCUGCCUGUGCCAGGCUGGUCAUGGCCCGCCAGUGUUGCACCAGCCCAGGUGUCGCUGUCGCAUGUUGGCUGCUUAUCGUGAUCUUGGACUUCUGUAUAUCCUUCAAUGUGGAUGUGAAAAAUGCAAUGACCUUCAGUGGCCCAGUGGAGGACAUGUUUGGAUACACAGUUCAACAAUAUGAAAAUGAAGAAGGCAAAUGGGUGCUCAUUGGUUCUCCUCUGGUUGGCCAACCCAAGAACAGAACUGGUGAUGUUUAUAAAUGUCCAGUAGGGCGAGGAGAAUCAUUACCGUGUAUAAAAUUGGAUCUUCCAGUUUAUACAUCUAUUCCAAAUGUCACGGAAGUAAAGGAGAACAUGACGUUUGGAUCCACUUUAGUCACUAACCCAAAAGGCGGAUUUCUGGCUUGUGGGCCUUUGUAUGCUUACAGAUGUGGACAUUCACAUUAUACAACUGGCAUCUGUUCAGAUGUGGAUUCCAAAUUUCAGGUUGUGAACUCCAUUGCACCAUCUGUUCAAGGAUGCAGUACCCAACUGGAUAUUGUCAUAGUGCUGGAUGGUUCAAACAGUAUUUAUCCCUGGACAAGUGUUAUAGAUUUUUUAAAUAGUUUACUUGGGAAAAUGGACAUUGGUCCCAAACAAACACAGGUUGGAAUUGUACAGUAUAGUGAAAAUGUGACCCAUGAAUUUAAUCUCAAUAAAUAUACAACAACUGAAGAAGUGCUCCUUGCAGCUAACCAGAUAAAGCAGAAGCAAGGCCUCCAAACAAUGACAGCUCUGGGAAUAGAUACAGCAAGGAAAGAGGCCUUCACUAAAGCCAGGGGUGCCAGAGAUGGAGUUAAAAAAGUCAUGGUGAUCGUGACUGAUGGAGAAUCCCACGAUAACCAUCGACUGAAUAAAGUCAUUCAAGACUGUGAAGACGAAGACAUUCAGAGAUUCGCCAUAGCCAUUCUUGGUCACUAUAACCGAGGGAAUUUGAGCACUGAGAAAUUUGUGGAAGAAAUAAGAUCAAUUGCAAGUGAGCCUACUGAAAAGCAUUUCUUCAAUGUCUCUGAUGAAUUAGCACUAGUCACUAUUGCUGAAGGUCUGGGAGAAAGAAUAUUUGCCUUGGAAGCCACAACUGACUUGUCAGCAGCCUCAUUUGAUAUGGAAAUGUCCCAGACUGGAUUUAGUGCUCAUUAUUCACAAGACUGGGUUAUGCUUGGAGCUGUUGGGGCCUAUGACUGGAAUGGAACAGUUGUCAUGCAGAAAGAUAACCAAAUUAUAACCCCACCAAACAAUUCCUUUAAUGUUGAGGCUACUAAGAAAAAUGAGCCACUUGCUUCCUAUUUAGGUUAUAUGGUGAACUCGGCCACCAUUCCUGGGGAUGUGAUCUAUAUCGCUGGCCAGCCCCGCUAUAAUCACACAGGCCAAGUCAUUACUUAUACAAUGGAAGGCCAAGAAAUCAAGAUUCUCCAAACCCUCGGUGGAGAACAAAUUGGUUCUUACUUUGGCAGUGUUUUAACAACAAUUGAUGUUGAUAAAGACUCCUUCACUGAUAUCCUACUGGUUGGAGCUCCAAUGUAUAUGGGAACAGAGAAAGAGGAACAAGGAAAAGUAUAUGUGUAUGCUUUGAAUCAGACUAGGUUUGAAUACCAGAUGAGCCUGGAGCCCAUUAAGCAAACUUGCUGUUCAUCCCUCAAGCACGAUUCCUGCAAAAAGAAAAACAAAAAUGAGCCUUGUGGGGCUCGUUUUGGAACAGCAAUUGCUUCUGUGAAGGACCUCAACCUUGACGGAUUUAAUGAUAUAGUGAUCGGCGCUCCCUUAGAAGAUGAUCAUGGAGGGGCUGUGUACAUUUAUCAUGGAAGUGGCAAGACAAUAAGGAAAGAAUAUGCGCAACGUAUUCCAUCAGGUGGAGAUGGAGAAACACUGAAAUUUUUUGGCCAGUCUAUACAUGGAGAAAUGGAUUUAAACGGAGAUGGACUGACUGAUGUGACCAUCGGAGGCCUUGGUGGUGCUGCCCUCUUCUGGUCUCGAGAUGUAGCUGAAGUUAAAGUUACCAUGACUUUUGCUCCCAAUAAAGUGAAUAUUCAAAAGAAAAACUGUAAGAUGGAGGGGAAGGAAACAGUAUGCAUAAAUGCUACCAUGUGUUUUCAUGUCAAACUGAAGUCAAAAGAAGACACAGAUUAUGUAGCUGAUCUGCAAUACCGAGUUACAUUAGACUCAGUAAGACAGAUAUCACGAAGUUUCUUCUCUGGAACGCAAGAAAGAAAGAUUCAAAAAAACAUCACAGUCCGGAGAUCAGAAUGUACUAAUCAUUACUUCUACAUGUUGGACAAACAUGACUUUCGGGAUUCAGUGAAGGUAUCAUUGGAUUUUAAUCUUUCAGAUCCAGAAAAUGGGCCUGUUCUUGAUGGUGAUCUACCUAACUCCAUACAUGAAUAUAUUCCUUUUGCAAAAGAUUGUGGAAACAAGGAGAAAUGCAUCUCAGAUUUGGCUCUGACUGUAUCAACCACAGAAAAAGACUUACUCAUUGUUAAGUCUCACAGUGAUAAAUUCAGCAUGAAUCUGACCAUCAGGAAUAAAAAGGACAGUGCCUACAAUACCAGGGUCAUUGUCCAGGCCUCUCCAAAUGUAAUUUUUUCAGGAAUUGAGGGUAUUCAAAAAGACAGCUGUGAAUCCAAUCAGAAUAUCACAUGCAAAGUUGGCUAUCCUUUCCUGAAAAGAGGAGAAGAGAUAUCUUUCAAAAUACUCUUUCAAUUUAAUAUUUCCUACCUUAUGGAAAAUGUGACCAUUCACAUAAGUGUAACAAGUGACAGUGAAGAACCUUUGGAGACACUUUCUGACAAUGAAGUAGAUAUUUCUAUUCCAGUAAAAUAUGAAGCUGGACUCCAAUUUUCCAGCUCUGCAAGUGAAUAUCACAUUUCAAUUGCGGCCAAUGAUACAGUUCCUGACGUUAUUAAUUCAACCAAUGACAUCGGAAAUGAAAUCAACGUUUUCUACUUGAUCCGAAAAAGUGGGCAUAUUCCCAUACCAGAGCUUAAGCUGAGUAUUUCAUUCCCCAACUUAACAUCAGAUGAAUACCCUGUACUCUACCUAAUUGGAUGGUCAUCUUCUGAUAAUGUAAACUGUAGACCAACUAGCCUUCAAGAUCCUUUCAGCAUCAACUUUGGAAAGAAAAUGAUACCAAAAUCUGGAGAACUCAAGCGAGGCACUAUUUCGAAUUGCAAUACCUGCAAAUUUGCAACCAUUGAGUGUAAUCUGAUCCCUUCUGAUGUAAGCCAAAUAAAUAUUACAUUCAUUUUGUGGAAGUCAACAUUUAUAAAAGCAAGUUUUUCCAGUUUGAAUCUUACAAUAAAGGCAGAACUUCAUAGUGAAAACUCAUCAUUGAUAUUAAGUAGUAGUAAUCAGAAAAGAGAGCUGGCUAUUCAGAUAUCAAAAGAUCUUCUACCUGGUCAAGUGCCAUUGUGGGUGAUCCUUCUGAGUGCUUUCGCAGGAUUCCUGCUAUUGAUGCUCCUUAUAUUAGCAUUAUGGAAGAUUGGAUUCUUCAAAAGACCAUUAAAGAAGAAGAUGGAAAAAUGAAAUUCCAUACCAGAGGAAGAAAACAGCAGUUGUUCAAUUAUCUGUCCUCAGGCUUGCUUCAAAUUUGUGACCAGAAAAAUUCUCCAUAUAAUUAUCAUCUACAUGGUCACAUGCCUUUGUUCCAUUAAGGAAUUAAUCACUCAGAAAAAAAACAGAUCAAUAAUGAUCCCAAAUGAUGAUGAUAAAUUUAUAUUUGUAAAAUAUCAGGAAAUAUUUUAAAACAAUUACUCGUUUUUGCUGAGUAAUUGAAUUUAAGAUUACAAAGUGUUUUGAAUAGAAAGGACAGCCUAUUCAAAAGUGCUUCAGAAAUGAAGGAAAAAUGUUGUCAGACUCAUGGAAGCAUGUUUUGUUUUGUUUUGUUUUUUUCCUCCAGAAAAAUACAAGUUAAAUUUUCUUUCUCUGACCCCAAUGGAAAUCUAGACUUUCAGAGUUUGAAAAUGUAUGUACGUGCCAGGAAAAAGACUCACUUGCUAGGGUCACUUCCCAUCAUGCACAACUGAGCUCAAGGGAGAGGACGUUGUGUAACAUGAACUCAUGACACAGAGGAGACAAAAAACAGAAUGAAACAGGGUCAUAUAGCAGGUAGCCUUUGGGUCAUUUCUGUCCAUUUCCCAGGGUGUCUAAAAAGCAAGGUCUAUACAGCUGAAAUUCUAUCCCAAGUUGAGAAUGAAGAUAAAAGCACUGUUAGAAAACAAGCAUAGGUUUAUAAGCUUUUAUAAGGCACACUGAACUCUCAUUUUUGAGCCUUAAGACUCAAUGUAAAAUGUCAUGGUGGUGAAAAAAGCACUUAAAAAUAAUUUUUAAUUUUAUGUGUACCUUAAAAAAUGUGAUGUGAUUUAUUCCCAAAGAAUUCAAUGUGAGGGAUAUGCUGAAUUGACUUUUGAAAAAUGGAAUUUGUUGGUAAAUGACUAUGAAGUGCCUAUUGCACCUUUGUGAAUCAACUUUGAGUUUUGAGGGACCCAGAAUUCCCAUUUUCUAAGGCAGCCCCAAAAAAGGAUUUCUCUUAGGUUCUUGGUACAGGGUUGAUUCAAAUCAAAAACUAGGACAGGGUUUUUAUUUUGUUUUGUUUUGUUUUGUGUUUUUUAUUUUGUUUCUUGAGGAUUAUUUUUUCAAUGCAUUUCUAAUAUUCUGUAAAAGACAAAAUUCCAUUUUAGUAUAAGACUUCACCAAAAAGUGUUUCCAGUGCAUGAGCUACACAUAUGUAUCAAGUAAAUAGAUCACUAGAUAUAUAUUUAAGGCAUUUUGUGUUUGAAAGCUGGCAACAACAAGAAGUCACUGCUCCAUAUUUAACUUCUUUUUUUUUUUCAAAUCAUUUCCUAAGGUAAAUAGAGUUAAUCAGAAUACCAGCUGCCAUGAACAAUUCAUUUAUUUCCUGUGACAAUACAAAUGAAUGAAUGUAUAGUAGUUGUAUCAUUCAAUAAACAUUGAAUAAGUGCCUUCUAUGUGCUAGGUACUGUGCUAAGUGCUGAGAAUAUAAAGAAAGCAAAAAAAAAAAAAAAAAAAAAAACAGCUCUAAAGGAGCUCACAGUCUAAUAAGGGAAACAACAUGAAAAUAACUUGUAUAAAAAGAUACAUAGAGGAUAAAUGGGAGAGAAUCAUUAGAAUCAUUAGAGAGAACUAGUAUUAAGAAGGAUCAGGAAAGGUUUCUUGCAAAGAAAAAAAUUUUUAGCUGGAAGUUGAAGAAAGUCAGGAAGUGAAAAUUAGGUGAAUAUUACAAGCUUGGAAAAAUGCCCAGAAUCUGGAGAUUGAAUGUCUAGUACAGAAAUGGGAAGGAAGUCAUUGUCAUUGGAUCUCAGGGUAUGUAGGGAAGGAGGAAGGCCUAAGGUGUAAAAAGAGUGGAAAGGUAGGAAACAAGUUAUGAAGGUCUUUGAAUGCCAAGAAUGAUUCUGUAUUUGAUUCUGGAGAUCAGAACACUAGUAUUUAUUGAAUAGGAAGGUGACCUGGUCAGAGCUGCCCUUUAUGUAUGAACUGCUGCUGUAAAAUACAUUCAAAUUUUAAAAUAACUUUCCAAUUGUUACCACAUCCUAUCGAGGAUGUACUGUAAUAAAACCUCAAUUGAUCAGAACCUAGUACCUAAAGAGGAGUUUAAAGAUUUUUUCUUUGAUCAUUUUCUAGGAAAAAUAAAAGAAAUAACAAAUAAGCCAACUUCAGGGUAUUUGAAAUUAAUCUAGUUUCCUAAAAUUUCCAUAUAUAUAUACUAUGAUUAACAGUAAGAUUAAUCAUGCUCUUCCAUCUUCUCUUUCUGAAUAUCUUAUAUACUUAUUAAUACCUUCUCACUCCUUCUAUCCAUAUGCACAGUCCCUUCAAGGUACCUGAUAAUUGCUCUCAAAUCUUCACCUUGUUAUUCCCUUCCUGUGAUAUCCUUUUACUCCAAAAUUAUCAUUUCCUUUUGAUGUCCCUUGCUUAUCAAAAAUCAUGUUACCUCAGAAUUCCAUUUUCCCCUAGUUCUUAGGCAGAAAUCAAACUGGGUUAAUUAACCUCUCAACCUCAGUUUCCUCAAUUAUAAAAUGAGGUGGUUGGACUAGGAGAUUUCCAAGGAUUUAUGAUUGUAAUUCACAUUAAAGUGAUGUUUUCACUUUCCCAUAAGGUAUUUGCUCUUUAAAAAGACAAUGCUUAUUGAUCCAAAAAAAAAAGUUUCAGUAGUAGAAUUUAAGAUAAUAUGAAAAAGUAAGACAAGUAUUUAGGAUCUAGGCACCUUCUAGUACCCCUCACAUCAUAUAAAGUAUAUAGUUACCUAUUUUUUUCUAUCCAGUAGUCCAACCCCAUUUCAAUCAUAGGGGUGAAAAUAAAAAAUAACAUCUGGGUAUUAAUAAGAAUUUCUAUUUUCCUAACAUAUUACUUCAUUAAAACUUUAUUACAUAUGAGUUAGCACUAGAGACUAGUCCUGCAAUUUCAUUAGUAGAGAGAAUUCCCAUGUAAGGAAACUUCUACUAAUGCAGAUUAUCAGGCAACAUCUUUUCUGGAACUUAGCUUCUUAAGACAGUUGCUAAGAACAUCAAGAGUUGAAAUGAUUUGCCCAAUAUAUGAAUGUGCGCACACACAAAAAUUAUAUGUAUAUACAUGCACCUGCAUAUGUAUGUACAAGACAUACAUGCAUACAUACAUGUGUGCAUAUAUAUAUAUAUUUAUAUACAGAGAUGAGACAUGAACUUAGCUUUUCUUGACUUCAAGACCAGCUCUAUCAACCAUUAAAACAAAUAAUCAAAUAUUAAUUAAGUAUGAAGUUUUCACCUAAAUGAAAUUACAAUAUAGCACUGACCUAAACAGCAUUAAUUCAUUGAUUAUACUUUUUAAAGUAUGACUAAAAAUUAAGUAACAGAGAAGCAACAAAAGUAGAUUCCUAAAAAGGUUUUCACAGUCUAUUUAGCCACAUAUUAUGUAUGUAUAUAUAUGUUUAUGUAUGUGUACAUAUUAUAUAUACAUAUAUGUAUAUACAUAUAUUUAUAUGCCUUUAACUAACAGAGUAGAUAUAUUAAAAGUUGUGUAGGCAGAUUGGCUAACAGAAUUUUAUUUUAAAUGUUAACUCGUGUUUUUCUUCAACUGGUUGCCUUAGCUCCUUUUUUGAUUUGGUUUUCAGUUCCUUCAUUCUAUCAUAAAUUUUAAACUUAAUAUUUAAUUUUAUUGUACAAUACAGAUAAUAUUGAAGAUGGGGAAUAUAUUGACAGAAUAAAGAGAUGAAAUUCUA